CUAAGUUACCCAGUGACAUUUCCAUCUAGUCGGCCUUUUCGUACCAAAUGUCACCUCCAAAGAAUGCUCUGAUCGCCGUUACGUCGGCACACGCAGCCUUGUAUCCCGAAGGCAAAGAAACUGGUCUCUUCAUUACGGAGGCAUUACACCCAUUCGAGGUGUUUCAAAAAGCCGGUUUCGAAGUUGAUCUUGUAUCCGAAACUGGAACUUAUCAGCCCGACUGGCUUUCACAGCAAAAAGAUUGGCUCUCGGAUUCUGAGCGUGCUAUAUGGGAGGAUCAUUCCAGCGAGUUUCGCAGCAAGUUGGAUCAUCUUCUUCAGCCAAAUGACAUUGAUCCAGCAAAGUACGGACUAUUUUUUGCUUCGGCUGGUCAUGCGUCCUUGAUUGAUUACCCUGUUGCUCAUGGGCUUCAUGCGGUUGCCUCCAAAAUGUAUGCUUCGGGAGCAGUCAUUUCAACAGUUUGCCACGGCGGUGCAAUAUUCCCAGGCAUUAUUGAUCCAGCCACCUCGAAGUCGAUAAUCUCGGGCAGAAGAGUCACCGGAUUUACUACCCAAGGUGAAGAAGAAGAAGGAGUCCUUGACACUAUCAAGAGUUGGAACCGCCCUACCAUUGAGUCACAUGCAGUCAAUGAGGGUGCUACUUAUGUCCCUCCACCAGGUCCAUGGGACGCUUUUGCAAUCUCAGAUGGACGUAUUGUUACUGGUGCCAAUCCCGCUAGUGCUACGGUCACAGCUGAAGAGGCUGUCAAGGUAUUCCAAACAUUGUAAAACAUUUAUACAUUUAUUUUUGUUUCUUUCCAAUUGGAACCAUAUUCGAUAUGAGAAGUCAAAUUGUAAAGAUAUGUGUCCUCUCUUUCCAUUAGAUCCUCCACUCGAUAUAUCCUCUAUCAACAGAUGGCUCGUUGAGCUUUGAAGCACACAGAUACGAUAUUUCAGGGUUUUAACGUUCCUUCGCUGGACAGAUAUGAGUGAGAAUGUUUGGUGUUUAAAGUCAAUCAACAUUAUAGCUGUCCCGAGUGUGAGUUUUUGAAUGUAGGUAUUCUCUGUUGCGAUUGGCUUUUUGCAGCAAGCUGAAAACUCCAAUGUGGCGGGAUACAGAAU